AAUUGGGGCGGUUUGGGGCGCUGCGGGAGCCCAGAGGUUCCGGGGGUAACCCCGCCGCUUCGCUUCCCGACGUCUCUUGCUCCUCGGCGGCCGCCGUCCUUGCUCAAGAUGGCGUUGCGCAGCUGUACGGCGGAGGGCGCAGCGCGGGAAAACCGUGAAACCUGGCGGCGGGGUCCGUACGACCCGCGGCGCGCAGGCGCAGUGGCGGGCGGGGCCGUACAGCAUGGCGGCGCGCAGGCGCGGGGGGGCGGGGGCCGUACAGCAUGGCGGCGCGCAGGCGCGGGGGGGCGGGCCGUACAGCAUGGCGGCGCGCAGCGGCGGCGCGGCGCAGUGAAGGAGGCGGCGGGAGCCCCGAUGGCGGCGCCGGAGCCGGUUCCCGCCGGGGCGCUCCGGGCCGUCCUGCGGCCCAGCGGGGCCCUCCCGCCCCACAGCCUCCCGGUGCGCGGCUACGACUUCUCGGGCGGCCCGGACCACGCGGCGCUGCUGCGCUCCUUCCUCACCACCGGCUUCCAGGCCACCAGCUUCGCGCAGGCCGCGGAGGAGAUCGGCGCAUGGUGGAUCGCGGCCAAGCUGGAGCCGCUGAGCGCGGAGGAGCGCGCCCGGGCCGCGCUGGCGGGGCCGCGGCCGCCCUCGGGCUGCACCAUCUUCCUGGGCUUCACGUCCAACCUCGUCAGCUCGGGCGUGCGGGAGAGCAUCCGGUACCUGGUGCAGAACAACAUGGUGGACGUGCUGGUGACGACGGCCGGGGGGGUGGAGGAAGAUCUGAUCAAGUGUUUGGCCCCCACCUACCUGGGCGACUUCAGCCGGGGGCGGGAGCUGCGCCAGAGCGGCCUCAACCGCAUCGGGAACCUGCUGGUGCCCAACGACAACUAUUGCCGCUUCGAGGAGUGGCUGAUGCCGCGGCUGGAGCGCAUGCUGGACGAGCAGGAGCGCCAGGGCGUGCGCUGGACGCCGUCGCGGAUGAUCGCGCGGCUGGGGCGCGAGAUCGACCACCCCGACUCCGUCUGCUACUGGGCGCAGAAGCACGGCAUCCCGGUGCUCAGCCCGGCGCUCACCGACGGGUCCCUGGGCGACAUGAUUUUCUUCCACUCGUACAAGCGCCCGGCUGUGCUGGACAUCGUGGAGGACCUGCGGCUCAUCAACACUCAGGCCAUCUUCGCCCGGAAAACCGGGAUGAUCAUCCUGGGGGGGGGGCUGGUGAAGCACCACAUCGCCAACGCCAACCUCAUGCGCAACGGCGCGGACUUCUCGGUGUUCGUGAACACGGCGCAGGAGUUCGACGGCUCGGACUCGGGCGCGCGGCCGGACGAGGCCGUGUCCUGGGGCAAGAUCCGCCCCGACGCCCGGCCCGUCAAGGUUUACGCAGACGCGUCGCUCGUGUUCCCGCUGCUGGUGGCCGAGACCUUCGCACAACGGGCCGAGGACUUCGCCAGGGGGGGGCGCGGAGACCCCCCCCAGACCCGGGUGACCCCCAGGCCACAGGGGUGACCCCCAAACCCUGGGGUGACCCCCCCCAAACCUGGGUGACCCCCCCCACCCCACCCUGAGAGGCGGGAGCCCCAUCCCGGGGGGCUGGUCCCACUUUGGGGGUGCUGAGCCCCCCACUACCUCUGCAGGGGCUCCCGCCUCGGGGGGGUCCCAGGACCCCUGUGCGUCCCCCCAUGUCCAUCUGUCCCCCCAUGUCCAUCUGUCCCCCCACAUCCAUCCGCCCCCCCCCCACCCCACUUUUACCCCCCAUCACCGUAUUUAUUUGCGCCGCUCAAAUCAGGUCCGGUCGAUGUCCAAUAAAGCCCCGCGGUUCCCCCA